GCACUGUAGUGUUUCUCAUUUAGCAGCUGCCUCAGGUCCCUGCAGAGAAACUGGUGAAAGACAUUCAGUGAGCUCGGAGGAUGGCAAUUGAAGGUCAUCAUAAGACAAUGUGGCUUCUUCCCAUUGUUCUCCUUUUCCUUCAGAUGAUGGUGCAGACAGUUGUACCAGAGACAUGCGAGGUCAACAAUGGGAACUGUGAGCAGUUCUGCAAAGCUGAAGAUGAAGGAGUCAUAUGUUCCUGUGCUGCUGGCUAUGCCCUGGGCAGUGACAACAAAACCUGCAUUUCUGUAGUCAAGUUCCCCUGUGGUAAACUUCAGAGAAAUCAUGAAGCCAGGCGAGAGACAGUCACAGAAACCACAGCAAGUCCAGAUGCUCAUCCUGAAAAUGAGGAAACUACUGAGGCUCUGAGCAGCCAUCCAGAGGUCAAUGAGGAGGCAAGCAGCUUACCCAGCUCAGCCCCAUGGCAGGCUGUUCUAGUACAUGAGUACCAUGGCUGGUUUUGUGGGGGGACAAUUCUGAAUGAGUACUUUAUACUUUCUGCAGCUCAUUGCAUUGACCGGUAUAAAGACUUACGGGUUAUUGUUGGGAUGGUGGACAAAAGAAAGGAAGAGCCAAGUAGAGCAAUCCAUAGAGUGGAAAAAAUAAUUGCACAUGCUAGAUAUGAUAAUAGAACAUACGACAGCGACAUAGCCCUUUUGAAAUUAGAGGAACCCAUCACAUUUUCUGAGGAUGUUAUCCCAGCAUGCCUUCCAGAAGAAGAUUUUGCUAACUACGUUCUGAUGAACCAAACGUUUGGAAUUGUCAGUGGCUUUGGGAGAGUGUUUGAAUAUGCGCGGCCGGUCCAAAGAAUGAAAGUGCUUCAAGUCCCUUAUGUGGACAGGAAUACUUGCAAGCGUGCCCUUUAUGGACCGGUCACAAGAAACAUGUUCUGUGCUGGUUAUGGUAAAGAUGGAAAAGAUGCCUGCCAAGGGGAUGGAGGAGGCCCCCAUGUAACCGAAUACAAUGGCACUUAUUUUGUUACUGGUAUUAUCAGCUGGGGAGAAGGGUGUGGAAGGCAAGGGAAAUACGGAGUGUACACUAAAUUGUCAAAGUUCCUACCCUGGGUAAGAAGUGUUUUGGCAGAAAACUCUUAGCUGUUGGACAUUUAAUAAUUGUCUUAGCCAUCAGACCUGAUCCCUAAGUAGUAUUUUCCUCUUUUUAACAUGCUUCCUAAAUUCUGAUAGUUUGAGUUUCCCUUAAGAGAUGCCAUCUGUUUCUUCAUGAGCUAAUGCCCGGGUUUUUUUAGAAGGGAAGCUGGGACUUCAAAGAGAACUAGCUGGUUUUGGACAAUAAUGAAAUUUCUUCGAAUUGUUUAGGAACUCCUCCUGCUCUUGCUGCGAUAACCUUAAUUUGUCUGUUGGAGGCUUUGUCUGUGCUGGCAAGCUCCCUCCUGUUGCAAUGAAAGUUGGAACUAACUCAACAUUUGUGGCAGUACAUGCUUCAUAGAAACAAACCAGACUAGGAUAGUAGCAAAGUAAGAGAGUAUCAGAGUAGGACAGAGUUUUAAAAGCUCUGGAAAAGCUACCAAAUUUUCUGGAUUUAUAUAUGUGUACACAGAAAAAGCUAGAAAAUGCAAAAACCACCCAUGUAUCCACGUGAAUCUAAAUCACUGGGUGUGUCACUGAAUCAAAUGAGUUGUUAGAUGAAGCUCAUUGACUUGAAAAGGCCUGUUUAUCAUCACCAGAAUCACUAGUGGUCUUCUGAUAUUUUCUUGCUUUCUCUCUGAGAUUCAUUCUUCACCAGCAUCAUUCAUGUCAUGAUUUUGGCUAUAAUAAAAUGAAUGCAUUGCAUACUCUACAAAUUACAA